GUUGUGUUUUCUUCUCUCCAGCGGUUAUAUGAAAAGAGAGAAAAUCUGAUGCCUUGAGAUUUCUCAGUUCUCGAUAGGAUAGAAAUUUCCAGGCUUUUCUGUUCUUCUAUCUUAAACUACACAUUAAUUUCUUGAAAAAGCUGCAAUCUUUCUUCCUCUUCUUCUUCCCCGGGCACCCUGCUCUGGUCUCAGGCUCUCAGCCACCAUAUCUUCUAGUCUAGAGUAUAAUAUAUACUUGGCCGGAGAUGGCGGCGGCGGUGGUGGUGCGAGAUUACGACCCCAAGAACGACUGUAGGGCGGUGGAGGAGGUGGAGAGAAUAUGCGAAGUCGGCCCCGGCGCCGGCGGCAAACUCUCCAUCUUCACUGACCUUUUGGGUGACCCAAUUUGCAGAGUCCGAAAUUCCCCCUCUUAUCAAAUGCUUGUCGCCGAGGUGGUCGUGCAAAAAGACGGCGGCGAAUGGACGCGGGAGAUUGUCGGAAUGAUCAGAGGCUGCAUAAAGACUGUGACUUGCGGAAAGAAACUGUCCAGAAAUGGAAAGAACAAUCACCCUCUUCCAGUUUACGCCAAAGUUGCUUAUAUCCUUGGCCUUCGCGUCUCCCCUUUUCACCGGAGAAUGGGAAUUGGGUUGAAACUGGUGACGAAAAUGGAGGAAUGGUUUAGAGAAAAUGGAGCGGAGUAUUCAUACAUGGCUACUGAGAAUGACAACGAAGCUUCUAUUAAUCUCUUCACUAAUAAAUGCGGGUAUUCGAAGUUUCGGGAACCUUCGAUUCUGGUUCAGCCCGUGUUCGCUCACCGAGUUCGCGUUUCUCGGCGAGUCACCAUCAUGAAGCUGAGUCCCGGCGACGCGGAGGUGCUGUACCGGCGGCGGUUCUCGGCGACGGAGUUUUUCCCGCGGGAUAUCGAUUCCGUUUUGCGGAACGGUCUGAAUUUGGGGACGUUUUUGGCGGUGCCGAAGGGGGCGGAGGCGUGGGCGGGGUCGGAGGGGUUUCUGGCGGCGCCGCCGGAGUCGUGGGCGGUGCUGAGCGUGUGGAACUCGAUGGAGGUGUUCAAGCUGGAGGUGCGCGGCGCGUCGAGGAAGCUGCGGGGCUUCGCCAGGACGACGCGGCUACUCGACAGGGCUUUGCCGUGGCUGCGUUUGCCGUCGGUGCCGGAGGUUUUCCGGCCGUUUGGGCUGCAUUUUCUGUAUGGGCUCGGCGGGGAAGGCCCAUUGUGCGUCGAGUUCAUCACCGCGCUUUGCGGCUUCGCGCACAACCUGGCUAAGCAGCGCGGCUGCGGCGUGGUGGCUACGGAGGUGGGCGCCGACGACCCGCUCGGCUUGGGAAUACCGCACUGGAAAACGCUAUCGUGCGCCGACGACUUGUGGUGCAUUAAACGGCUUGGGGAAGACUACAGUGACGGGUCUGUUGGUGAUUGGACUAAGUCACAACCUAGUCUCUCCAUUUUUGUUGAUCCCAGAGAAGUCUAGUAGAGAGGUUUAACCCAAAAAAAAAAAAAAGAACUCGUCUUUUUGUAGAUCAUCUCUCUUUUUACCUCUUCUUUUUUUCUUUUUGUUUUUUUUUCAUGUCUUAGUGUUAUUAAAUUAACGUUGUUUAGUCACCUUCUAGCUAGCUUAUGUUUUCUUGGCCGGGCCGGAGAAAAUUUUUGUCUCAAGGAAACAAGUGAAAAUAGAAGCUAAGGAAAAUCUCUUUGAGCUCUUUUGAGGCCCUUUGUAAAUGGGGUGGAAUAUCCC